CUUGGUUCUGUAACCGACGGUGUGCCUAGUCAUUACGCAUAAGAUUGUUAGAAUCAUUGAGCGUGGGAGUAAAAGUGAAUCUUGGGCUGAACCUUCGGGAUUACCAGGGCAUCCUGGUAACGCCUCCUUACCAUCUCCUCAUCAGAGGAGAGGAAACUGCUGAUGCCAUGAUCCCAGGGUUUUCCAGAGCUGAAGAAUGACACGUUCCUGCGAGCAGCAUGGGGAGAAGACACAGAUUACACUCCCGUUUGGUGCAUGCGGCAGGCAGGCCGCUACUUACCAGAGUUUAGGGAAACUAGGGCUGCCCAGGACUUUUUCAGCACCUGUCGCUCCCCAGAGGCCUGCUGUGAAUUGACUUUGCAGCCACUGCGUCGCUUCCCUUUGGAUGCUGCCAUCAUCUUCUCUGACAUCCUUGUUGUACCCCAGGCACUGGGCAUGGAGGUGACUAUGGUGCCUGGCAAAGGGCCUAGCUUCCCAGAGCCAUUAAGAGAAGAGCGGGACUUAGAACGCCUCCGGGAUCCAGCAACAGUGGCCUCUGAGCUGGGCUAUGUGUUCCAGGCCAUCACCCUCACUCGACAACGGCUAGCUGGGCGUGUGCCGCUGAUUGGCUUUGCUGGUGCCCCGUGGACUUUGAUGACAUACAUGGUUGAGGGUGGCAGCUCAAGCACCAUGGCUCAGGCCAAGCGCUGGCUUUACCAGAGACCGCAGGCUAGUCACCAGUUGCUUCACAUCCUCACUGAUGCUCUGGUCCCAUAUCUGGUAGGACAAGUGGCUGCUGGUGCCCAGGCAUUGCAGCUCUUUGAGUCCCAUGCAGGGCAUCUUGGCCCACAACUCUUCAAUAAAUUUGCACUGCCCUAUAUCCGUGAUGUGGCUAAGCGCGUGAAGGCCAGGCUGCAGGAGUCAGGCCUGGCACCAGUGCCCAUGAUCAUCUUUGCUAAAGAUGGACAUUUUGCCCUGGAAGAGCUGGCCCAAGCUGGCUAUGAGGUGGUUGGGCUUGACUGGACAGUGGCCCCAGAGAAAGCCCGGGAACGUGUGGGGAAGACGGUGACCUUGCAGGGCAACCUGGACCCCUGUGCCCUGUAUGCAUCUGAGGAGGAGAUUGGACGGCUGGUGCAGCAGAUGCUGAAUGACUUUGGGCCACAGCGCUACAUUGCCAACCUGGGCCAUGGACUUUACCCUGACAUGGACCCAGAACAUGUGGGGGCCUUUGUGGAUGCCGUGCACAGAUACUCACGUCUGCUUCGACAGAACUGAGCAUACAUGUUUUCCCUCAACUGCCACUAACAAAGAUGAUUGAUUGUUUCCAGGAGAAUAAAAGUUCAGAGUUGGA